GCCCCGCCGCCGCCAGAGUCACGGGGCGGGCGGGCCGCUGCCAUGGAGCUGCCUGCUGUCAACCUCAAGGCCAUCAUUCUGGUACACUGGCUGCUCACAGUGUGGGGAUGCAUGAACCACAUAUUUCCAGCCUCCUACGCCUGGGGAAAUUUCAGUGUCCUUGCAGUGGGGAUCUGGGCCAUUGUGCAGCGAGAUUCCCUUGAUGCCAUCUUGAUGUUCCUGACUGGCCUGCUGCUCACAGUCCUCACAGACAUCAUUCACGUCUCUGUCUUCUACCCUCCAAACAGCUAUCUCACUGAUGCGAAGCGAUUCAGUAUAGGCAUGGCCAUCUUCAGCCUCCUCCUCAAACCUCUGUCCUGCUACCUGGUGUAUCGAAUGUAUCGGGAGCGUGGAGGAGAGUACACCUUUAACUUAGAUAUGGAGUCCUCAUCUGACAUCCAUUUUGCCCACAAUGGUGUCACCUGUGCAGGCCAGGAUCGCAGCACCUAUGAACCAAUUGAUCAGCAGGAUGGCCCUCCACAGUGGCCUGAAUCGAGCAAGAUAGCACAGCAUCCAUACUAAGCCCUGCUCCACAACUGAGAACAGAUGCCUCCUCACCCAGUCUAGCCUUCUGCUCUUCCCAUGUUUGUUCUGAAGGAGCAAGACUUGCUACUGAGCAAACAGCAGAGGAUCUGAGUUUUCAUUUCUUUUGACUCUCUGAAGGUUAGGCAGAUGAGUUGCUGCAGUAAGUCCAGAAGAUCUCAGAGGUGUCAUGUUAAACACUGUGACUCUUUGUAAUCCCACCACUCUCCUCCUCCCUUUCCCUAAAUCCCGCCUCUGUCUGUAUGAGUGGAUGCACCUUCUGCAGCCUUCCAAGUCUUGUAUUGUGCAUCCUCUCUAUUGUAAGUAAUGGAACCACUCAAAAUAUUCUUGGACAAGCUAUCUUUAAAAGGCUUAUAUUUUUAAGAGCCUUAAAACAAUACCGUUUAGCUUGCUUUUAUGCAGAUAGUUCCCAGGAAACAUCUGGGAGUUCCUGAGGGCUGUUUUUGACAGCAUUAAGAUUUAUGACCAUAACUCCCUAUGCUAGCUGUGGUGGUUUGUAAAAAGCUGGGGUUGGUA